GGAAGAUACACGUCCGUCUGGAAACACACGCAAUUCCGGAACCAUUGCGCUGACGGGAGACGAGGACUGGAACGUGAUAAACAUUACGGAGCUGUUAUAGUAAGACUUAUCUUAUAAAGAUGGGUGAGGUUUCUGCAGACGCUGUCACCCUGGAUCUGUUAAAAGAAGCCAUGGGGACAGUGAGGAGCAGUCCUCUGGGUGUCAUCAAUACUCCCAUGAUCCCCUGGUGCCAGACCUCACUGCCACUCAACACCCACUGCAACGUCCUCAUCAAACUGGAAAACAUGCAGAGGACCGGCUCCUUCAAGAUCAGGGGGGUGGCCAAUCAGUUUGCCAGGAGACCAGCGGGGGGGCAUUUUGUCACCAUGUCGGCAGGGAACUAUGGAAAGACUUUUGCAUUUGCUUUAAAGCACUAUAAGUCGAAGGGCAAGGUGGUGAUGCCGGAAAGUGCUCCUUUGUCCAGAGCCAAUCUCAUACAGAGUCUAGGUGCUGAGGUGGAGAGGGUUCCCACCUCCAGUUUGAUGGAUGUGGUAAAUCGCUGUGUUCGAGAAGACAACAUGACCUUCCUGCACUCUUAUGAUGACCUGGAUCUAAUAGCAGGACAUGCCAGUCUUGGUUUGGAGGUGCUUGAAGUGAAUCCCGAGCCUGAUGUGGUGGUGGUGUGUUGUGGUGGAGGGGGGCUGCUGAGCGGCGUAGCUGCAGCCAUCAAACUGUCAGGCUGUGAAACGACCAGGAUCUAUGGCGUUGAACCAGAGGGAGCUUGCACCAUGUACAAAAGCUUAAGUGAGAAGAAACCAGUGAGCAUGGACAGCAAGAGCAUUGCCUCAGGUCUAGCACCACCUUCUGCAGGCAGGCUUCCCUAUGAGCUGUGCCAGCGUUAUGUAGAGGAGAUAGUCCUGGUGAGCGACGACGAGAUCAAGGCAGCUGUGUCCACUCUCUAUAGGUCUGGACUUGUGGUGGAACCAUCGGGAUCUGCUGCUUUUGCUGCCAUUGUUAACAACAAGAUACCUGACCUGGAGGGGAAAAACGUUGUGUGCGUCCUCAGUGGAGGGAACAUCGGGAAAGAUGAGCUCGCCAACUUCCCAGACUGACAGACAACUAUAUGACCAACUCACUGACAACAUGUGGCUAUUGGAAGGAAUCGUGUGACAGUGUCACAACAUAUUUGUCAUCAUGGAAGUAGAAAUGAAUCUUUAUUAAUUACUUGUUUAGCAUAAACUACAACAGGUAUGAUAAUGAAUUUAUAGUAAUGAUCAAAGCAGUAGGUAAUAAAUUUAAAUAAAUGUGUAAUUUCAAGUAUUUUGUUGGUUUAUCCUCAGAUACAGGAAAUAAAAAGCUGCUUUUACAUAAUUAAAUGUUUUUAUAUUCUUAACAGCUGCAGAUGUUAUGAACCCAGUUUCACAUGGUUGAUAUCAAAAAUAUCAAUGCUCACCUUCAACUUUCCAAAAAAAAAAAACUGACAAAGAAAA